UUUCCCGCCAGUUUUGUACAGAAGAGAGUCAGUCUCUCUCUCUUUUUCUCUCUGCUUUCUCUCUCUAACUUGUGAAGUGAAGUCUGCGUAGCUCAAUCGAAGAAGAAGAAGAAGAUGUUGUGGGUGGACAAGUACCGUCCCAAAACCCUAGACCAAGUCCUCGUUCAUCAAGACGUCGCGCAAAACCUCAAGAAACUCGUCACUGAGCAGGAUUGCCCCCAUUUGCUCUUCUAUGGCCCCUCAGGCUCUGGCAAGAAAACCCUAAUCAUGGCCCUCCUUCGCCAGAUCUUCGGUUCCAGUGCCGAGAAGGUGAAGGUGGAGAAUAAAACAUGGAAAGUUGAUGCUGGAAGUAGAACUAUUGAUCUAGAGCUGACCACAUUGUCAAGCACCAACCAUGUCGAAUUGAAUCCCAGUGAUGCAGGAUUUCAGGACAGAUAUAUUGUUCAAGAGAUAAUCAAAGAGAUGGCCAAGAAUAGACCAAUUGACACAAAAGGGAAAAAAGGAUUCAAAGUCUUGGUGCUCAAUGAGGUUGACAAACUUUCAAGAGAAGCACAACAUUCUCUUCGGAGAACAAUGGAAAAAUACAGUGCAUAUUGCCGGCUAAUAUUAUGCUGUAACAGUUCCUCAAAAGUUAGUGAAGCCAUUAGGUCUCGGUGUCUAAAUGUGAGAAUUAAUGCGCCAACAGAAGAGCAGAUUGUUAAGGUUUUAGAGUUUAUCGCGAAAAAAGAACGGCUGCAAAUUCCCUCUGGAUUUGCUGCUCGUAUAGCAGAAAAAUCAAGCCGGAGUUUAAGGAGAGCUAUACUGUCAUUUGAGACAUGCCGCGUUCAACAAUAUCCUUUUACAAGUAACCAAAUAAUACCACCAAUGGAUUGGGAGGAAUACAUUUUUGAAAUUGCUUCUGAUAUAAUGAAGGAGCAGAGCCCAAAAAGGCUUUAUCAGGUUCGGCAUAAGCUCUAUGAGCUACUUGUAAAUUGUAUACCUCCAGAGAUUAUCUUAAAGAGGCUACUUUUUGAAUUGCUGAAGAAGUUGGAUGCUGAACUGAAGCAUGAGGUCUGCCAUUGGGCAGCAUAUUAUGAACAUAGAAUGCGACUCGGACAAAAGGCCAUAUUCCAUCUUGAAGCAUUUGUGGCCAAGUUCAUGAGCAUUUACAAGGCUUUCCUCAUUGCGGCAUUCGGCUGAACCAACCAGAGUUUGCGGGAUUAGCUAGCGUUGUGAGAUGUGAAAUUAUGUCGUUUUUACAAUUCCGGUGUUGAACUCUUCACUAGAAGAUGUCAUGGAAAGAUGCAGCUGUAUUACCGACCUUUGUUUUAUUUAAUCUGAAAUGAGUUUAUAUAUA